AUGUCUGAAUGUUUGUGUCAUCAAAGAGGAUGUAUUCAAUUAAUUAUUGGGCCAAUGUUUAGCGGGAAAACAACAGAACUUUUCCGUCUAGCAACAAGACACACACUUGCUGGACGUUCAGUAGCAAUAAUUAAAUAUCGUCACGAUAUACGUUAUGAUUCUACACAGGCAUGCACACAUGAUCAUCGGAAAAUGGAAGCAUUUUUAGCUGAAAAUAUUGAGGAAAUUUACGAAACAAUUAAAAAUUACAAUGUUAUUGGAAUUGAUGAAGGGCAAUUUUUUAAAGAUUUAGUUAAAUAUGCACAAGAUUUGGCUGAUAUUGGGAAAAUAGUAAUUAUUGCAGCAUUAAAUGGAGAUUAUAAACAAGAACCAUUCCCAAAUGUUACAAAAUUAAUUCCAAAUGCAGAAAAAAUUGAAAAAUUGAAUGCAGUCUGUCAUUGUGGACAAUCAGCAUCUUUUACUUUUCGAUUAUCUACAAAUAAAAGGGUUGAAAUAAUUGGUGGGGAAGAAUUGUAUAGAGCUAUGUGUAGAGAAUGUGUAUUUAAAUAUACUAAAGCUAAAGAAAAUUUAAUUGAAGUUAAAAAAAUUAAAGAAGGGAAAAUAUUAUAG